GCUGAUAAAGACAUGAUAGAACCUCCUUAGAAUGACUGACUGACAAGAACACAAUGGGAGAAGAAGGGAAUACCGAUGGCGCUCGCGACGGCAGCUCGCGCGAUCAUCACCUCGCGAGGGGGAAGGGAUUCUGGAAUCCAUGGCCAUCGUUUGGAUUCGAGGGGAAUGCGCGAGAGGCGAUCGUCAUGAUGCUCAGGGAUUUCGAUCGCAAGCGCUGCCAAGUGACCGCCGAGGUGCGCGCGAGAUUGGGACUGCGGCCGCUCAGCACAGAUCUGGCGAGCAUUCGCAGCCCGCCAGAGGAAUCGGCCCAGGUGACAUGGAUCGGCCACGCGACAUUCCUCGUCCAGUUCGAUCGUCUCAACAUCCUCACGGAUCCAGUGUGGUCGGAGCGCUGCUCUCCCUCGAGCAUCAUUGGGCCGAAACGUGUGAUGCCUGUUCCGUUCCCAAUAAAGGAGCUACCUCCCAUCGACGUGGUCAUUAUAUCUCACAACCAUUACGACCAUCUAGACGAGACAACCGUCAGAGCUCUAGGAAACACGCCUCUCUAUCUUGUCCCGCUCGGAAUAAAAAAAUGGUUUAACGGAAUCGGAAUCACAAACGUGGUGGAAUUGGACUGGUGGGAAGAACAUAAAAUACCGUACAGCGGUUCUAAAGUUCUCAAGGCGGUAUGCACGCCUUGCCAACAUUUUUCUGGUCGUGGUAUAUUUGAUCGAAACAAGACGCUCUGGUGUUCUUGGGUCAUGGAAGCAGACAAGAGGAAGUUCUACUUCGCCGGUGAUACGGGGUUUUGCACUGUUCCUCGGCAUAGCGACCACAAUGGUGGCGUUCCAGAAACAGGCACAGGAGCUCAAUUGUCUGUUUGUCCCGCAUUUGAAGAGAUUGGAAAACGCUAUGGACCGUUUGACUUCGCAUUCAUUCCAAUCGGAGCUUACAGCCCUCGCUACUUCAUGAGUCCUAUCCACUGCUCUCCAGAGGAUGCCGUGGCCAUCCACCGAAUCGUCAGAUCCAAGCUAUCAAUUGCGAUGCACUGGGGAACGUUUGUUCUGACGGACGAGCCGCUGCUGGAACCGCCUGCGAGAUUGCAGAAGGAGCUGGAGAGGUUGAAGAUAGACGCGUCCGCAUUUAUCACAAUGAAGCACGGCGAGACAAAGUGUAUAUGAAGUGAAUGCCACCUUACAAAGUACUACUGAUUCGGUGGAUAAGUUUCCCGUGAAGCUCUUUACAGUGAGGCGUUACAGGCGCUUGACUUUAGAUUCGUGAGAGACAUCUAUGGGACUAGUUUGUCUCCGGAUUCGGUGAACUACUUCUAUCAUUAAGUCUGGAGAUUUUCAUUUGGAGCUCUCUACUAGUGAACUAUCUGCAGUGAGUAUGAUUUACGCGAUCCUUCUCUCGUGUGCCAUCAUCUCCUCGUUCACGACGAUUUCUCAGGCAUGCUCGAAGAAGACCAUCAUCUUCUACGGACAAAACGUACGCUACCCAGCAAACUCGUCCCAAACCUCCGGGCAGCAAACACUGGGAGGAGGAUGCCUCGACCUCCCUCCUUACAACCCCGGCUACGCCUCGCUUCUCAGGCAAAAGCUCACGCUUGGGCCGGAGUAUAACUCCCCCCAAGUUGGAAUGGACUACGGCGGCUACGUUGCGAGCGGAGCCAGCGUCGCGUUUGGAACCGGCCAGUUUGUUCUCGACAACCAUCCUUUGUUCGUGGGGACUCUUGCCUACAAGAGGCGAAGGGACAUCUCGGAGAAAACCAUAGCUUUCUCCGUCCGGGUUUAUGGCAACGAGAGCUUCCAUGGAUUUGGAAAUGGUACCAGCGUCACUGUUGCUUCGUA